AUGACGCCGGGACCCCCAACCCAGGGAGCCGAGAACUGCGAGGUCCAGCAGCUCUUCCGCGAGGGAAAUUCUUUGGCGCGGGCGCCUCUAUCUGACGUCACGACUAGAGCGACGCAGCGACCGAGCGUCUUCGCCGUGGCGGAGCGUCGUCGUUAUAGCGACGGCCCGACUUCACGCUUUUCUCAAGAAAGUGGAGCGCUGCGUGUCCAAUCCCCCCCACCCCCCGCGGCCAGCUGCUUCUCCCAGCCCAGAACUCCAGGCCGGCUGGCCCCGCCUCCACUCUCCCUCCUCCCGUCCCCCGUCAGGCCUGCUCGGUCUACCAAGAUGGAAGGAGCGCCGCUGCCCGCUCCUCUCCUGCUGCUGCUGUUUCUGCUUCCCUUGCUCCCAGCUCCCGGGCGGCUCUUGGCCGGCGCCUCGGAGCCGCCAUCAGCUGCUUCGUUUACCCAGGACAAUAUCAAAAUUAAUGUAACUACCCUGGAAGAUGAUGGGGAACUCCAUGAGAAACAGGUUUUUCUUAAUAUUAUUUAUGAAAAUGGACAGAUAUAUGUAAAUGACUUCCCCUUAAAGAGUGGUGUAACCCGAAUAAGGGGUGAGGCUUUCAUAGUGGAGGAUGAAAAUUUGGAAGACCUCAAGGUUGAAGGAUAUUUUGGAACUGUCAGCAUACGGAUAUUAGUUCAUCAGUGGCCUGUGGCAUCCAGUUCCAAUGUACAAAUGAUUGCCAUUCAAGAAGAGGUAGUAGACAUUGAUGGAAAAGAAGCUCAACAAAAAGUUGUCAUUGAAGUUGGCAUUUUAGUCAAGAACCACAGAGUCCACCGACGUUCAAAUUAUAGUGUUCCUUUGGAGGAAAGCAUACUGUAUUCUAUUCCCAGAGACAAUGACGUUUUCUUUACAUUUCCUCAUCUCUCACAAAAAGACAGCCCUAGUGCAUUACAGACAACUAGCCAGUACCUUGUCAGGAAUGUGGAAACAACCAUAAAUGAAGACCCCCUGCCCGGCAAGUUACCCGAAACUCCACUUCGGGCAGAGCCUCCAUCUUCAUAUAAGGUUAUUUGCCAAUUGAUGGAGGAUUUCAGAAAAUAUAUAUGUAAAUUCUGGAUCAAUAUUUUCCCAGUACUUUUUAUGUUUAUGAAUAUCACAGUGCUUGGAAUUAUAGGAGCAGCUAUAGUUAUAGCCAUCUUAAAGGUGCUUUUCCCUCAUUAUGAAUCCAAGGGAAUUCUUCAUUUGGAUAAAGUGGACUACCAUAAGUACUACCCUAUUGACAUCUCAGAGACGACAGAGGAACCAAAGGAUACUCUUGAAGAGAAGAUAUGUAUUUAACACAUGCCCCAUUUUUCGAUUUUGAAAUUUGCCACAUGGUGCCAAAAUUCCCAAUCAAAGAAAAGUAUAAUUCAAAUAAAGAAUAAAAGUGUAUUGAAAAAUAGUGCCACAACUAAGCUUGGCCUUCUAGGAGAGAUUGGAGAAUGAAGAUACAGCAAUUUAACUUGCAGCGUCAGAUAUGACUAAUGUAUGGCAGAAUGAUAAAGUUAGCCAAAGGGAAAUCGACAAAAGUAAACAAAGACUUGCAGUACCUCUAUUUGCACACCAAAAAAGACUUUGAACUAAUAAUUCUAGAUGCCUUAUUAAGAAAAUUACAUCUAUUUUUUUUUUAUCGUAAUGUAUGAGGACUUUAAGCACUUUAUGAAAAACUAAACUUGGGAGACACUUCCAAAAAAACACUUUUAUCUAUCUGACUUGUAUUUUGUAUAAAAUUAAUAAUUUUGAUGAAGAACCUUGAGAUAUAUUAUUACUUCAUUGUACCUGGACCAAGGCAACUCAGCAAGAUCCAAAUGGAAUUGUCAAACAUUCUUACUAUAGAAUCAAUCUACUGGGGAGGGAAGGAGUUAGGUAUAUAUACUUAGUGGGUUAUGAUGGGUCAGAACUUAUGCUAGUGACUCAUUUCCCACAAUAUAAAUCAAUGACAACAUUAUUAAAUUUCAGUGAAGAAAUAAUACAAAGUUUUAAGAUAAUCUAAUAGUGACAUACUUUGUUUUACUUUGCUAUUUUGACUUUGCUUUUAGUGCAAUUAACAUAUGGACUUAAACACUUAAGUAUGUUUAUUAACACUUAUUUCAGUGGAACACCUGAAAAUGGAACAAGUUAUUUUAAGCCAUAAGAAAGUUUACUUAAGCUUUAAAGAAUAUUAAAUUAAAAAGCAAUGUUUGUUUUAAUGAAAUCUACAGAAGAUGGCACUCUGCUUAUGCUCAAGUAACCAGUUCUAGUUUUACGGGAUGAUAUGUAUAAGGAAAUUUAUUCUAUGUAUUGAGAAGGGAAAAUAUUUAAGAUUUUAUAACUCAUUUGUCAAUUCUACAUCAUUUAUAAAAUGCUUUAGAUUUAAUUCCCCAAAUAAACUACAAUAAGUGUCUGAAUAAAACUUUGGAAAUAAGUAUUUACCUGCCCCUACAGCAAACUUCUACUCAGGGACAUGAAAAUAGAGCCAGGUAAGCCAGGUGCAUAUUUCUUUAAAUGCUUAAUGAAAUAUGUAUGGUGAGGAAAACCUUCUCUAGCUUUGCAGAGGAUCCUGAAAGCAGUAGGAAGGGCAAUUUAGGUCCUUGUUCCAAGUUAUUCCUCUUUGGUUUAUCUAUAUGAACAAAACUGUUCUUAACAGUUCUAUCCAUGAGCACACAAGGCUAAUGUCAGAGCUGGCUCCAUUAUUACCUGGAUUGAAAAGUGGCUGAAAACAGUUCCCUUACUCUAUUAUUAAUAGAUGAAAUAGGGGGCAGCUGGGUGGUUCAGUGGAUUGAGAGUCAGAC